CGCUCAAAGGGCACGAUCAACCGGCUCAACAUGUACCGGAGCAAGGUGAAGCGCAACAAGUCUGGCAAGAUCGUCAAGGGUGGACUCGCGGUCGGAGACUCCGUGCAGAACAUGACGGCCGCGCGCGUGCAGCCCGACCGCCGCUGGUUUGGCAAUACGCGCGUCGUCGGCCAGCAGGAGCUGCAGGACUUCCGCUCGCAGAUCGAGUCAACGACGAACGACCCGUACGCGGUGCUGCUGCGGCGGCACAAGCUCCCGAUGGGCCUCCUCGCCUCGGGCGGCAAGACCAACAAGGCCGGCCGCGUCGACUUGCUCCGCGCGCAGAGCUUCGGCGACACGUUUGGGCCAAAGGCGCAGCGCAAGCGGCCGCGCCUCUCGGCGCUGCUCGGCCCCGCGGCGGGGGGCGGCGGCGGCGGCAGCUCCGCGGCCGUCGACUCGAACGUGGAGCGCGCCGUCGAGCCGGUGGGGCCUCGCAACUACAUCUUCGACGCGGGCCAGUCGCGCCGCAUCCGCGCAGAGCUCUUCAAAGUGAUCGACUCGUCCGACGUCGUCGUCGAGGUGCUCGACGCGCGCGACCCGCUCGGCACGCGCGCGCCGCACGCCGAGGAGUUCCUGCGGCGCGAGGCGAAGCACAAGCACCUCGUCUUCGUGCUGAACAAGUGCGACCUCGUCCCCAGCCGCGUGACGGCGGCCUGGCUCAAGCUGCUCUCGCGCGAAGCGCCGACCGUCGCCUUCCACGCCUCGAUCACCAACCCGUUCGGCAAGGGCGCGCUGAUCAACUUGCUGCGCCAGUUUGCGAAGCUGCACGCCGACAAGAAGCAGAUCUCCGUCGGCUUCAUCGGCUACCCGAACGUGGGCAAGUCGUCCAUCAUCAACACCCUCAAGAAGAAGAAGGUGUGCAAGGUGGCGCCCAUCCCGGGCGAGACCAAGGUCUGGCAGUACAUCACCCUCAUGAAGUCGAUCUACCUGAUUGACUGCCCCGGCACCGUGCAGCCGUCGGGCAACUCGGAGGAGGAUGCGGUGCUCAAGGGCGUGGUGCGGAUCGAGCAGCUGCGCCACGCGGCCGACUUCGUGGAGGAGGUGCUCCGCCGCGUCAAGCCGGAGUACGUCCGCCGCACCUACGACGCGUGGGACUCGCCCACCGACUUCCUCGAGCAGUACGGCCGCCGGAUCGGCAAGCUGCUCAAGGGAGGCGAGCCGGACAUCAACGCGGCGGCCAAGCUCGUGCUGCACGACUGGCAGCGCGGCAGGCUGCCCUACUUCACGCUGCCGCCC